UAAAACAAUGAAACACCUGUUAGAGUGACAAACUAUUAUUAAGCUUCCUAUUGACGUAGACCACGUUCCCAUGUGACGUAUGACGUCACAUAUAUAUGACGUCAGUUAACGUCGCUCAAGUGUCAUGGCCGCGGUAAGCGUAGAGGAACAGCGUGUUUAUAUAAAGAUAGUUUUUUUAGGGGGAAAUCAUGAACAUUUAUAUGAAGCUUGCGAUGAAUCUGCUGUUUCAUUUAAUACAGUUUAUAGAUGGGUAAUGCAAUAUGCAGAUGGAACAUUUGAUUUUCUUUCGAUGAUCCCGUAGCGGACGGCCAGUUUAGGUUAAAGACAAGUUCUAUAUCGAAAAAAAGUUAACGGCCAAUUGAAUGAAGAUCGGCGAUAAACGUGCAAGGAGUUAGCUGAAAGUCUUGGUAUUUCUAUUGGGACAAUUCAUACAAUUCUUACACGCCAUUUGCGUAUGCGCCGAGUUUUUGCAAGAAAGGUGCCACAUCACCUUUCGCGGGACCAAAUGACGGACCGGUUAUUGAUUGCAGAUAAUCAAUAAAAAGGUAUGAAAAUGAAGGUGAACAGUACUUAAACCGCAUUUUAGGCAAUUGCUUAGAUAUGGCUUCAUAGCUAUGACCCGAAUUAAAGUCACAGUCCUCAGAAUGGCACACUCUAAGGUCGCCAAGGCCUGCAAAAUUUCGACGAAAACAAGGGAACCUGAACAAAAUCGCAAUUAUAGCCUAUGAUAAUGGCGGUGUAUUGGUGUCGGACUAUGUUUCUCUUAGACAUACAGUUAACGGAAAGUAUUAUAAACAUAUUUAAAAUUGAGACCAGCUGUCAGGAAAAAACGACCAGCGCUCUUAAAGUCAGGGGUUCGGUCUAUUCAUGACAACGCAUCUCCGCAUAAAUCACACCCAGUGGCGUUGAAAAUCAAGGAAUAUAACUUGCAAGUGUUGUCCCAUCCACCUUAUUCGCCGGAUAUGAGUCCUAAACUCAAAAUGCCCCUCAUGGGUGUAAGAAGUAAUGACUAAAAGGCGCUUAUGUUGUGGCCACGGAACGUGAAUGCAUCACACGCGGUUGUCUUGCAAAGGGAAUCGCCGAUCUUCUGAACAGAUGGAAAGCGAUUGUUAGAAACAGGGGUAGUUAUUUUGAAGGAAUAUAGGUACGGUAGGUGUGUAUCACUUAUAGUUUUCUUACAAUAUGCCUUUAUCAGAACUUAUUGAAUGCCCCUCGUAUCUUCCGGCAAUACAAGAAUGUACUUACAUUACAUUUAAUACUUUCGGCUUUUGAAAUAUUUUGAUACUUGUUAUUUGUGUUUUCAAUACAUAAAUACAUACUUGUAUUGUGUUGUUUACUUUUUUUCAAGGUUCCCAGUAGUUUACGUCCGUCGAAUUAUAGAGCAUUUGUUUAUGGGUCUGGUGCAUUGGUCUUCUCAAACAGUUCGAGAGUUCACUAUAACGACAGGAGCUUGAUGGUAUUUAUACAGACAGAUAAAGUUCGUUAUGCGGCAGGUCAGACAGUGAGAUAUCGGGCAGUAUUUCUUCUUCCUAAUCUUAUGGGCUUCCAGGGAGAAGCAGCCGUCAUUAUUCAGGAUGGACAGGAAAAUAAGAUCGAGACAAGAGGACCACAUUUGGUUAAAAAUGGGGUUAUAUCUGGUGAAAUAGAGCUCAGCAAAUACCCCGUGUUUGGAAACUGGACAAUAGGCAUUGAUGUUAUGGGGAGAACGCAUUCCAAAUAUUUCGAAGUCAAUGAAUAUGUCUUGCCGAGGUUUACCAUUGCGUUGAUAAUACCUCCUACAAUAAAUACAUCACAAGUGUCCUUUACAAUAGGUAUCAGGGCAAGUUAUACAUUUAAGACAGAUGUAAAUGGUAACUGCACUGUUCUUCUGUAUAAUGAAGGGGAGACUUCGAAGAACUUUCAGCUCUCAAAUGAU